GUGACUCAGACCCACGGGCCACCCAGCGUGGUGCGGGACGAGCGGCGCGGGCCCCUCUCCCAGGCCCGGACGUUGGAGGGGUGUCACAUCCGGCGGGAGGGGGCGGGCCUGCGGGCCCCGGAAGUGUGGGCGCGGGCCGUGGUUUAACCCGCGGCGGCGGUGGCGGCAGCGGUGGCGGCGGCCGGGCAGGUUUCUCGUGUGGAGAAUGAGGAGAGCCGAAGGCUGCGCAGCCGCGAGGGCCCGGUGUGAGGAUCCCACGAGCUGCUGUGGACAGAGCGCCUAGGACACUGCUCGGUACGUUGGAAGAUGGAGACUCUGAAAGACAAGACGUUGGAGGAGCUGGAGGAGAUGCAGAAUGACCCGGAGGCCAUUAACCGGCUGGCCCAGGAGGCCCCCGAGGUCCAGGACCUGCAGCUGGAACGGGAGAUGGCACUGGCCACCAACCGGAGCCUGGCGGAGCAGAACCUGGAGUUCCAAGGCCCCCUGGAGAUCAGCCGUUCAAACCUCUCAGACAAGUACCAGGAGCUCCGGAAGCUCGUGGAGCGGUGCCAGGAGCAGAAGGCGAAGCUUGAGAAAUUUUCUUCAGCACUGCAGCCAGAGACCUUGUUAGACCUUCUGCAGAUCGAAGGCAUGAAGAUCGAAGAAGAGUCUGAGGCCAUGGCCGAGAAGUUCCUGGAGGGCGAGGUGCCCUUGGAAACAUUUCUGGAGAACUUUUCCUCCAUGAGGAUGCUGUCCCAUCUGCGAAGGGUGCGCGUGGAGAAGCUCCAGGAUGUGAUGAGGAAGCCCAGAGUUUCCCAGGAGCCGGCCGGUGACGCCCCUCCUCCACGCCCGCCGCCCCCGCCUCGGCCGGCUGCGCAGGCGACACCCCCUGUGGCCGAAGAGCCGCCCCCGCCCCCAUCAGUAGUGCCUCCUUACCCUUUGCCCUAUAGCCCGUCUCCUGGCAUACCCAUGGGCCCCACCGCCCAGGGCGCACUCCAGCCGGCCCCCUUCCCCGUGGUGUCCCAGCCCUCCUUUCCCUACAGGGGGCCCUUGGGCCCCCUGUACCCGUCAGCCCACCCGGGACCCCAGGGUGCUGCGGGCUACUCCUGGUCCCCACAGAGGAGCACACCCUCCCGGCCAGGCUAUCCCGUGGCCCCGACUACUGCCUCUGGCCCCGGGUACCCCUUGGCAGGGAGCCGGGCCCCCAGUCCUGGUUAUCCUCAACAGGCCCCCUACCUCUCGCCAGGACGAAGACCUCCCUACCCAACGCAGUCCCCGCUCCCGAGCUUCCCAGGUCAGCCCCAGCCCUCAGGCCCCCCUCAGCCGCCCUACCCCCCUGGGCCUGCCCCUCCCUAUGGGUUUCCACCACCUCAGGGUCCUGCCUGGCCUGGGUAUUAGACACCGUCCUGGCCCUCGGCCCUUCUCUACUCCCACCUGUGCCACAGCCCUUGGCCCGCCUACCACUGAGAUUCGAGGUUACAUUGGAAGUGGACUUGGGUCAGCACACGGGGGCCCUGGGGGGGCCUGGUUGGGAGCGUGCAGGCCUGGAGAGCACCAGGCAGUGUGACUGGCUUGGCCGCGUGGCUGGUCACAGCACUUGCUGGCUUCCUGGGGGGAAGGGAGUGCCUCCUUUCGGUGACUGGCUUCAGCUUUCCUGGUGCUAGCCAGGCGGGGAGUUUGGUCCCUCUUCGUGGGUGUCCAUGUGAGUGAGCAGGCGCGCGUUUGUGGACAUCUGCUUGGGCCUGCGCUCCCGGACACUGGAACCAAAUGCAAUGAUCUCAGUGACGAGGGGGCCGGUCUCCAGCCCCUGCUCACCCCCCUCCCUCCCUCCUGGGAUUUGGCGCAUUCAACCUGGUGCUCGUGGCCAGGGAUGCAGCUCUGUGUCUGUCCGGUCCUUUCAAGGAUGGCCUGCCCCACGUACCAUGGCUGGAGUUGGAUCAGGGGGAGGGCGCAGUUAGGAAGAACUCUUGCUGAUUUUUAAGUCCCACAAAAAGCCAUAAUUGAACUCUGAUAGGCCGGUGUCAGAGAAGUGUGUUCUGUGAGCUGGUUUGAACGGCGGCAGCUGGAGCAGCGAGAAAGCUGGGGAUUGUGAAGGUGGACCCCAGACCUUGCUCACACUGGUUGGAGAAUCCGGGAGUCGCCUUGGCUGAAGGAGAGGGAGCAGCUCUGGCCCGGGAGAUAGCGCUCAACACCGGACUCAUUUAGGAGUGGGGGGCCGGGUCACCUCCCCCAGCCGCCCUCUCUUCUCUGGGGCCCUCCAUUUCCGGUUGACUUCUGGGGUUCCCCACCCCCCAUCCAUCCACUCCUCUAGUGCCUUGAAUCUCAUCCACAGCAGCCCGCCCCCCCACUUCGUCUCUGUCCUCUGGCUCUCUGGUGUUACGACCCCCGCCCCAGCACCCCUCCUCAGACAGAGGACGCCCGAACAGUGACUUCCCACCUGGUGCUUCGCAGACACCAUCGCUCUGUCGGACGGAGUCCAUUUCUGUGCUUCUCUCUCGUCUUCAGAAUGUACAGGGCAGGGAUGUGACUCCGUGCCCCACACAGCCCCCGGCACACUGGGGGUUUGACGCGUGUUCAGUAAUAACAAAGGCAGUAGACCAAAGGGGUGUGAUGAACGAAGCAUUAACUUGAUUGUUCCGGAUAUGAACCAGGUCUCAAGGGCAGACUCUGGAGCUGCUAUCUGCUAGGAAGUCAUAUGUGCCUUGCUAUGUCCACUACUUGAGUACCCAGUAUCUGGUGGGCCCGGGGUGCUGGGGGCCCACGAGGAAACUCGACCUUCUGGUGCCUGCCCCCCUCCCUGGCCUGCGUGCCAUCAGUGGGUAUUCCCCAGGAGAUGCUCCGUUUGCGCGUCGGUUGCUUGCCAAUUGUGCUUGCUUCUCCUAAGUUAUUUAUGAAGAGAAAUCACUAAUGGACUCUACUGGUUCGAGAGCUUCUGAACUGGGUGAACGAUCGCUGGUAUGUUUGUAUAAUUAAUUGCCAUAAUAAACUUUGAGGAGUUACA